UCGAUGGCGCACCGGCGGUUAAGGUGUCCAAAGGGACACUGCUUUACAUCACUUGUGGAAGAAGGUAAUAACAAGGCAACACAAAGCUCGACGGACUCCUUCGAACGCUGCAUCAGCUCCUACUAAUCGUGCGUUCAGCGGCCAACGCUUUCUCUGGCGUCUGCGUGGUCAUUGUCCAGUGUUAGUGUGCGACUCUAAGAGAUUCUCCAGUGAGUACGUAGGAACAAGCGCCACAGUUCCUUCUCGAUUUUAACUAAAAGUGGUGAGAUCAAUUAUUUGUCCCUUUUAUUUUCGACAGAAAUCCUUAAGCGACCCUGACUCACGCCGCCAGGGGCGGUGGAUAGCGUCUCGAUUUUUGCUGGAUCACGCCUCGCCUUUAUGUGCAUUGGUGCCAGUAUUGCAUAGUAAAUAUCGUUAAUAUAUAGUAUAAGGAGUAGUUAAAUUCAAGGUAAGCAUUUUUCGUACUGUUUUUUCCAGUUAGUGCCUCGAUAGAAAGCGCUUUGUUUUUCAUCGAUUACUGAUUUAGCUUAAAACCGCGUGAAGUCACCCUUUACAGUCAUAGUUUCAGUCUAUAAAACUUAGCCUAUCGGUAAUUACGCCUUGUGGGGCACAGGAUGAUACAGACUCGGUGGUCUAGGGUUCUGGCAACCGAAGACCAACUAGUUGUUUGUAUCCUCGAACAUGGCACGGAUACUAUUAGCUUUGGUGACGUAAUCCGGUUUUCUGUACGCUGCUGUACAAAAGCGCUAUUAUAAAAUUUUAAGCUAUCGAUUCUUGGUGACAAACAAAUAUUUACACGAUUGUUAUUUUAUGCCCAUGCAUGCUUUUAUCCUCGUCAAUACAAUCGUCAGUGGGCAAAUCAAAUUUUUUUCUCUACCUGUUUGUAGCCGCUGCAUUAACAUAGGAAACACAAAGAGAUUACUAGCAGUAAACAUGCCGGGAGCAAACGAACUUUCCAAGCUUCCCGCUCCUAACGAGAUCGUGAUUCUCAGCGGUAACUCACAUUUGGAUCUUGCCCAUAAAAUUGCAGCCGGCCUCGGUACGAAGGUUGGCAAGAGUAAGGUUUUACACUUUGCAAACAAAGAAAGCGCGAUUGAUGUUGAUGAAUCAAUCCGUAGUCGAAAUGUAUAUCUAGUCCAGUCCGGAUCGACGAAAGACGUAAACAAUUCCAUCAUGGAGUUACUUAUCAUGGCGUACUGUUGCAAAACUUCAGCCGCUCGAAACGUCGUAGCCGUGGUCCCUUAUUUUCCAUAUUCGAAGCAGAGUAAGAUGACUAAGAGAGGAUGUAUCGUGUCGAAGCUGUUAGCAAGAAUGAUGGUCAAUGCAGGCGUAAACCAUCUUGUAACCAUGGAUCUGCACCAAAAGGAGAUUCAGGGCUUCUUUGACAUACCUGUUGAUAACCUUCGUGCUAGCCCCUUCCUUCUCCAAUACAUCAAACAAAAUAUCCCGAACUAUAAGAACUCCGUGAUUGUGGCACGCGUCCCAGCUCAAACCCAAAAAGCGUCAUCGUUCGCCGAGAAACUUGGCAUCGGCAUGGCCGUUAUACACUCGAAAUCUGCUGACGAAGAGGUACAGGAUGGCCGUUAUUCCCCGCCGCUAGAAGCUACCCGGCGCGUGUCGGAGUGUUUUGACGGGAAUAUACCAGCCACCAGUGUGUCAACUGUAGUCGGAGAUGUUACCGGGAGGAACGCUAUAAUGGUAGAAGACCUGAUUGAUGACAUUGAAGCGUUUGUUAAUGCAGCGGCAUUUCUCAAGUGUUACAGUGUCCAAAAGAUUUAUGUUCUGGCCACCCAUGGAGUGUUGUCCUCGGACGUCGAGCUCCUUGAAGAAUCCGCCAUCGAUGAGGUGAUUGUGACAAACACGGUCCCUCAUGACCACGAAAUGGCCAAGAUGGCAUCUAAAAAAAUUAAAACUAUAGACGUCUCCGUCCUGCUGUCGGAAGCCAUCCGUAGGAUCCAUAACAAGGAGUCGAUGUCCUACCUGUUCCGUAACGUAGCACUCAACGACUAAAGCUAUCACAUGGCUUCUGCCGAUGCUGGGCGAACUCGUACAGCCUCCUCCAUUUCCCAAGUUCGCCUGCCACAUAUUCCGAGCGCUAAAUGAGACGAACUCCUUACCGGUUCCAGCACUUCUAUUACAUAGAUGCAAUCUAUUGUAUCGUAUCGCAACUAAAAUAUUGCAUGUUAUUACGUGUCAAUCUGAUUUCUUGCUAGCUAUAUAUUAUUAAUAUAUAGCUAGCAAGAAAUAUAUAUAAUAAUAGCUAUAUAUAAUAAUAAUAUUUACCGAGCUAACUAAACUAAUCAGAUGAUACCUCGCUAUUUUCUCUUAUCGCUUCUCCUCGCUUAUAAAAUUCCCAAUGGUACAUUGGUAUUGCGGGUACGGCUAGUACAGUACCAUGUAAUAAUAAUGAGAAAGGUAUAUAACGCUCCGUUGUUUAACUCAUGACGGAAAUAGCGUGUAACCUUUAACAGCGGUAGAGGUAACGACCUCAUUGAUGAAACUGGCCGCUUUGCUUAUUUUUUGGUCAUGGCAUCAGAGUUUUAUCAGAACGUUAUAAAACGCUCUCGGACUUGCCUUCGACUAGGACAUCGACACUAUAUAAGUAAAUUGAUCCAGCCUCUCUAGAAUAGAUGAUUAAGCAUAAAUAGAAAAAUAGUAAAAGGCUUUUAAUGGGUAAAUAUAUAAAUUAAUUGCUAUUGUCAGCUAACUAUAUCAAUAAAUUCGAUCUUAGUAACUAUACCUUUAACAAUAUAUCAAAAGGUAACUAUCCAAUAGUGAAAACAAUCAAUCAAUCACAUUUGUCGACUAUUCCGUGAUUGCGGAACAGAAGGUAACCCGUUAAGAAUAAACCGAAGUACGUAAUUCGGUUA